CUGCAGUGGAUAUUGUGUGUCAGAGAGACCCAGAAGCAGCAGCCGAAAGAGAGCAAGAGAGGGAGAGCAAUCGAGUGAGAAAGCAAAGUAAUAGAGUCAGAAAGAGAGGUGGAAGACUGCUGUUUGUUUCUGCCAGUGAGUACAAGUCCCUGCAGUGUCCGGAGUGUCGUAGAUCGCCACAAGCUUCCUUUCGAAACCUGUCCAAACACCCAGUCUGCUUCUUCUACACCUUCUCCCUUAACCAGACCCUGUCUCCAGAAUCACCACCCUGCUCCAGUCAUGGCCAGGAAUCUACUAAAAAACCCAGCAGGGGAAGACCAGAUGGAAUUCUGGGAGCUGACGGAGAAUGGCGGGAGCCAGUGGCAAGUGGAGGACUUGCCAGGAGACUGUGGCUACGACUUUGUUGACGAUGGAGUGACCAAAUUCUUCAGCACGUCUUUCGAGCUGUGUCUGAAGAGGCAGGUGGUUGACCUACUGGCAGAAGGGUACAGUCCCGACGACCUGGAUGCCCAGCCAGCUGUCACUGUGGAAGACUGGUACAGUGGGAGGUCGGACUGUGGGUGCACCUACCAGUUGACAGUGUGUCUUUUGAAUGAGAAUCAGGAAGUUCUUCAGGAAUUUAAACCUGAACCAAUCACUCUGGACCCAGACUGUGACAACUGCUCGUGGAAACAGAUGAGACACACUUUCUCUAACUAUGGUCCCGGACUGCGCUUCAUCUCGUUCGAACACGGAGGACAGGACACCAAGUACUGGGACGGCUGGUUUGGAGUCCGUGUCACUGGGAGCUCAGUUACUGUCGAGGCCUGAGAAAUGAAAGGGUGGGACAUUAGGAGAAGAUGGGAGGUCCGGGGAGGAGAAGAUGGGAGGUUCGGGGAGGAGAAGAUGGGAGGUCCGGGGAGGAGAUAUGAAGCAUAGAGGGAAUAAAAGGUGAAAAAAAAAGCAGUGUAAAAUGAGGAAUGAGAGAAAACAUGAUCUUAGGGGACCACCUAUGCCCUUUACACAAUCCUUACAUAGCAGCGGUUGAAAUGUAAGGAAUACAAUAUUACUAAAUAGCUGCUUUGGAAACAUAUGACAUGCAUUAGGACGUGUGGCCCCUUAGUCCUCAACGCAUUAGAAUAAACAGGAACGUGAUUCUCUGAGCGUAGCUUUAUUAACAGUGUAAAUGGGUUCUACAUGACUAACACACGACACGGACGUAGGUGACAUCUGCUAACUAUCAGGUUUGCACAGAUACACAGGCCCUCUCGCCUGUCGAGUGAUUACCUUUCUAGUUUAGUAGGUGCUAAGUGAUCAUAAAUACAGAGAUUGUUUGGAACAAUUAAUAACCACUUCCAGACUACGAUGGUAGCUAAUGCAUUAUUUUGUUCAGUACUGUACCAAAGCCACAGAAACCAGGUUAUUACUAUCAUGUAAAAAAAGACAGCUUCAUAUGCUUAAUAAUAAAGUAAAAAAAGAUGCAUCAAUCAA